AUGGAAGACAAAGGAAUGUUUUUUCUUCUUGUUCUUCUAAUUUUUUCUUUUGUGAAAAAUACCAAUGGGGAUCAAAUAGAUGAUAUUUGCAAAAAAAAUCUUGAUCCAGAUCUUUGCACAAAUUCUCUUAGAAAAGAUCCAAAAGGUGCUAGUGAUGAUUUUAAAGGCCUAGCUAUUACAAUUUUCAAUUUAUGUUUAAACAAUGCCAAAGACAAUUUAGGUCAAGUCCAAAAAUUGGCCCCUAGUAAAUGCCAACCAACUUGUGUUCAACAAUAUAAUUUGGCUAUUAAUACUUAUAUUCCAAAUGCAAUUAGACAAGUUGGAUCUGAUCAAUUAACACAAGCACGUGUAUCAAUUUUGCAAUCUGGUGAUAGAGCUCUCACUUGUGAAGAUUCAUGUGGUAAAUCUCAAUUAAGUCAGACAAAUAAUGAUUUUGUUCAUUUUGUACAAGUGGCUGCUGAUGUUUUGAAAACUAAAAUGUAA